AUGAGGCAGAGGGCAAGCGAGGGCAAGGCGCAGGGCAGCGGAGGCAAGAAGAGAGCAGACACGCAGAGAGAAAGGAGAGGACGGGCGGGGAGGGGCGGGGGACGGGCGCGAGGCGCGCGGGACGCGCGGGCGGGCGCGCGAGGCGGGAGGGACGCGCAGACGGGAGGCGCGGGGGACGCGCGGGCGGGAGGCGCGGGGACGCGCGGGCGGGCGCGGAGACGCGGAGACGGCGGAGGGGGGCACAGAAGGGGGAAGGACCCCAGCGGGAACGGCAGAAGGCCGACCCAAGAGCGCCGACCGGCGACGGAACCAAGCGCGGGGGGCAAACGCGGGGGAAGCAGGGAGCGAACGAGGAGGGGGCACACCCCCGAACCAGGAGGCCAAGCCGGGCGGGAAGGGGCCAACCGCGGAACGGGGGAAGACGCCGCGGGACAGAGACGGGGACCGCAAGGGCCAGAAAGAGCGCCCGAGAGGAACAGAGGCCAAACGGGAGCCGCCAAAACCGCACCGAGAGAGAGAAGACAGAAAGAGAGCGCGCAGGCAGCAAGCGCAGGCAGGCAACAAGGCGACGACGGCGCAAGGCAGCAAAGAAGGAGAGACCACAGGCGGAGGGGGGGGAAAGGAGGCGGGGACGCACGGGGGCCCCGGAGGCAGGGGGAAAGAGGACGCAGGGGAAAGGGCAAAAGGCGCGAGAACAGGCGGCGAAAGCAGGGAGAAACGAACAGGAAGGAGGCAAGAAGAGAGCAGCAGGCGCGGGGGCAACAGAGCAAGGCGAGACAGGGCACGCAACAAAGAGGCGGCGAGGCGCAGGGAGCAAAGAAGACAAGGGAAGCAGGCGGGCAGAAGAAAGCAGAGGCGCAAAGGAGCAGGCGGCGGGACGCAAGAAAAAGCAGCAGAGCACAAGAAGCAACAAGGGCGCAAACACAGAGAGGGAGCAAAAGAGGCACGGGGGGGGGACAGGGCGCACAAAAGCCGCGCGAACAGACGGGGGGAAGCCAAAGGCAACGAAAGCAAAGCCAAAACGGGCGGCAGACGAGCCCGAAGAGCCGAGCCACAAGGGCCGGAACACGCGGGCCGAAACGACACGGAGCGGAGCCACAAGGCCCGGCCAGGCACAAAACCGGCACAGGACCAAAACGCAGGGACCGAGGGCGGGACGCCGCAGGGGCCGCCCCGGGAGCGCCGGGAAAGGGCCGGGACGAGGCAACGGCCCCCGCCAGAGGGCCGCGGCCCGAGGCCCGGGCGGGCACGGCGCGGAGCCGUGCGCCGGCGCGCGGCGAGGAGCGCCACGCGGAGCGGGGCACACGGGGGGGCACCAGAGAGCAGGGCGACCGGCAAAACGGGGCCAAAAACAGGCCAAAACAAAGGCCAACAAAGCACAAUAACAGCGAGAGCACGGCCAAACAGAAACACCAGAAAAAACGCAGAAGGGCGACGCAGGGCGACGCAAAACGAGGCGGCACAGAGCCAAAACGAAAGAGGAAGCCAGGGGGGAGACCGCGGGGAGGACGCGGCGGGGCGGGGGAGCGCGGCGGCCGCGGGCGAGCGGGAGCCGCCGGCACCACCGACACGGCCCAACACACGGGCGAGCCGGAGCCGAGACGGCAAAGACGAAAGAAAACGAGAAGAGAAAAGGAGGCGAGAAAGGAAGAGGAACAAGCGGACGAGGGGGGGGGGCGCGGGGGGGGCAGACAAAGGGAGGAAGAGGCAAGGAAAGGAGAGCAGGAAAAAGGCGGAGGGGGAGGGGAGAGAGGGGGCAUAAACCCGAGGAGAGCACAAGGGGGGGGGAGGGCAAAGGGGGGAAGGGGCCCAAGCGAAAAGAGGAGGGAGAAGGGAGGGGGAGGGCGGGGGCCACCAGGGAGCAGGAACCAGAGCGAGAAAAGGAGAGGGCGGGAGGACGGGGGGGGAAAGGGAAGGGGCCAAAGCGAGAGGGGAAGAACACGGGGGCAAAAGGGCCGGGGAAGGCGCCCGGGCGCACGCGGAGAAAGGCGAGGGAGCGGGGAGAAAGCGGAGCGACGCAUAAGGGAGGGCGGGGGCAGGCGGACGGGGCGGACGGAGCGGGGGGAGGAGAGGGGCAGCCGGCGGAGGGCGGGAGGGAGGGGGACGACCCGAGCCGGGGAAAAAGGGGACGGAGCCGGCGCGGGGAGCAGGGCGGGGGGGCGGGCGGGCGGAGAGCCGAAAGGAGGCGGAGAGGAACAAGGGGGAAAGCAAAAACAAAAAGGCAGAAAGGAAAAGCAAAAAGCAAAAGAAGAAGGAACGGAAAGGGAAAGACGGAGAGACGGAAAAAGAAGGAAAGAAGGAAGAGAAGGAGAGGGGAGAGACGAAGACCAAGAGGGAAGACGAAGGGACGAAGGGAGGAAGGAGGAGGACGAAGGAGGCGAGGAACGAACAGGAAGAGGCGGAACGCGGAAGGGCGAGACGAAGAGGCGAAGAGACGAGACGCAAAAAAAACGACAGAAGGACAGACAGACGAGCGGGACGACGGACGACAGACAAAGGGACAGAACGGGGGAAAGGGAAACGAAGCCCCACAAAAACAAAGGCACCCAAAAAAGCAGCAACGCGAGCAGGCAGCAACGCCGAGACGGGGAGAAGGCAGACAGAGGAGAGGGAGGCGGCGGCCGGGGAGGGGGGCAAGGGAGGGAGAGAAGGAGGACACAAGCAAGGAAACAAAGGAAAGCAACGGAGCAAGCAGGAGAAAAGGAAAAACAGAGAAGGGAGGAGAGAAAGAGGGGCGCAGGAAGCAGGGGGCCAGAGCAGGGGGAGGAAGGGCCGAGGGCGGCAAGAGACCGGAAGGAGAGAGCAACGGGACCAACGGAAGCCGGGCCGGGGCAGAGGAAGGGGGAAGCGGCAGCAGGGCCAAACGGGCCAACGGAAAGGGAACAGACAGAAGAAAAGAGGCCAGACAGGACCAAAGGCCCAAGGGACAGGAGGCAGCAACGGAGGACAAGGGACCAGGCCGGCAGACGGACAGAGGGACAGAGGGGAGACGGACAGGAGGCGAGAGGGCCAGGGGGCGCAAAAAAGAGCAAGGGAGAGGAGAGGAGGGCCAAAGGGACGGGAAAGAAGCAAGAAAAGCAAGGAAGGGAAAGAAGAACAGGACAGGAAGGGGAGCAAGGGGAGAACAGAGACCGCCCACGGCCACCAGCACCACGGAACGCGGCAAAAGAAACAAAGAAAAGGAGGAACAAGGGAGCAAGGAAAAGAGAAGGAGAAAGGAGGAGAAGGGGAAACGACAAAGGCAGACCGGGGGCAAACCGCGCCAACGCGGCCAGAGGCGCCGCAAGACAGAAAGGAGGAGGGGGCGGGCGAAGCCAAGGGGGGACACACCAAGGCGGCCACAAGGGGGGGAGGAAAGAACGCCGAAAAGGAUGCCAAGACGCGGCCAGAGGGACGGAAGGCAGAGGCGGAGGCGACAGGGGAGAGGGGAAGGGCGAGGACAGCCCGAGCAAGCGGAGACAGAACCGAAACGACAGAGGGGAGCGGCACCAGCCAAGGAGGCAAAGAGGCGGCCGCGGCAACGAGGCCCGCACGCAAGGAAGAGCCAACGCAGGGGGGCGGACCCCAGACGCCAGCGGGGCGGGGAAAGGGGGACGGCAGAAAGGGGGGCGGCCAACAGAAACAGAAGAGGCAGAGGGAGGGGGACAGACACAGGCACAGAAGCGGACAGAAGAAGAGGCAGAGGGAGAGAAGAAGCAGCAAAGAACGCAGCAAGACCAGCAACGACGGGGGCAUGAGAAGGGGGACCCGGGCCGCACCAGACAGAGGAGGAAAACGGAGGAGGCAGAGACGCGAACGGGGCGCGAGGGCGAGAAGGGGGCAAAAAGAGCAGGAGAGGCAGGGGGCCUAGCCCAAAGGGGCCACAGCACCCCAAGACGGCGCAAAGGGGGCCGGCAGAGGGGCCCCAGCACACCAACGGGCCCACCAACGGCCACCAGGCCGGGCAAGAGGCAGGACAGAGCAGAAAGCGCAGGAAAGAAGGGGGGGAGGGGACAGAGAAAGAACCAGAAAGGCGAAGGGGCAGGGCAGAAAAACACGGCAGGAACGGAACCAGACGGCCAACAGAGGCCCAGGCCAGAAAAGCAGGAAGGGAAGGACCCAAAGCAGACGGGAAAGAGCAAGCAGACGCCAAAGAGGCAAACACGGGGGGGAAGGGAAGGCAGACGGCAACAGCAAAGAGGGAGAGGGCCAGCGGGGGGAACAGCGAAACACAAAGAAGACCGGGGGGCAAGACGCAACCAAGCAGCCAAAGCCCGGAACGGCGGAGGCGAGCAGGAGAGGGGCGAACAGAGCGAACCACCGCCCGAACCGGCGGAACGAACGAGCACAAGCCGGAAGACCAGCGGGAACGACGAGGGGAAGAGAGGGGCAAGACAGCGCAGGGGAAGAGACGGGGCCGCACAGGAGAGGAGCCCCAAGACACCAGGGGGGCGGCAGAAACCCCAGAGCAGGGGCAGGGGAGGAGGCAGGAGCAACAGGCACAGAAAAACACAGCGCGAAGCCCCCACGCAAGCAAACAAGGGGCGAGGGCGGGGGCGAGAGAGGCACCGGGGGGAGAAGGAACAGGGACAAAGGCAAGGAGGGGCGGAGGAAGCGGCCACGCAGAAGCAAGGAAAAGGGGCAGGAACGACCAGGGAGGGAAGGCGGGGGAGGGAGGGCCAAGAAGCGGGAGGGAGACGAACCCGAGGACGGCGGCCCCGGAAAAAGGGCGGCAAGGGCAGGCGCGCCGCAGCAGAGACAACGAGGAGGGCCCGACGGAGAGGCCACCGGGAGGGAACGAGAAACCGAGGGCAAGCAAGAGCGAGGAACCGCCGGAAACCGAGGCCCGCCACAAACCGAAAGGGCAAGGCAGCGAGGAGGAGCAGGGCAACCAAGGCCCGCCGGAGGGACGCGGGAGGAAAAACCCAAGGCCCGAGGGCGCCCACAGGAGGCGGACCAGCGGGAAGGGAGGGAACAGCCGGAAAGGGGAACAGGGACGGCCGAGGGGCCGGGAGGGAGGAGGGGGCAAACACACCAGGGGAGGCGGAAGGAAGAAGGCCAGGGGGGGGGCGCACAAGGAGAAAGGGGGGCCACAAGAAAGGCAGGGGCCGGGGACAACCACAGGGAGGGGCCGGGAGGGCCGCAAAGAAGCCCAACGGGGGGAGGGAAGCAACCGGGGCCGGGGGGGAGAACAGCAGGAGGAGAGGGGGCGCAGGCGGGGAGGCGCAACAGGGGGGGCGGCCACCCCGAAGGGCCAGCAAGGGAAGGCGCGGGGAGGGGACGACCAAGGCAGACGGAGAGGUGCCAGCGAAAAAGGGGAAGGAGCAGGAACAUGGAGGCAGUGAGGCAAAAGAGAACAGGGCGCACAGGCAAGCAGAGCAUGACAAGGAACAGAAGCACAGAAGCAGAAGGAGGCCAGAAGCAGACACAGUGGGGCAGGCAGGGGCAAAGAAGACAGAAGGAGGGAGGAGGAGAGGAGGGGGCGGAGAGGGAAGCGGCAGGAAGUGGGGAGGGAAUGGCAAACAGCCAGGAAACGGGUAG